AAAAGGUUCAUUUAAAAGUACACAUGCAUAAGCAUCAAUCCUCUUGCUUCACUCCUCUUCUUCCUUGCUUUGAAAAAAUCUUGCCUACCCUUCCAAGGUUAGAAAACCCAACCAUCCAUGCAUGCAACAACAAAUAUACUCAGAUCAGAUCAUUCCUCGUUGCUUACUCCUUGAUUCGAUCCUUGGAUCUCCCCAUGAAUGCACGCACAUGAAGACGACGACGACGACGACGACGACGAGACGCCUCCUUCUCAGGCCAAUAAGCACAACCAGCAGCCCUCGCCGGCAGUGCCCUCUCGCCGCCGGGCUCGCGCAGCUCGACAGCUUCUCCUCCGACGACGGCGCCGGCGGCCGGUUACCCGUGCGGUGGUGCGCCGACGCCAUGCGGCUGGUGAAGCGCACGCAGCGGGACCUGAUCGCCGCCUUCUGGAGCUCCUCCGCCGCGGAGGAGGCGAGGAGAUUCGACGGAGAAGGAGACGGGGAAGAGUGGUUGGACUUGGAGAAAUACAUGGAGGAGACGGCGGCGCUGCUGGACCUCUGCAACGCGCUCAAGUCCGCUGCCGCGCGGCUGCGCCGGCGCUGCAUGGCCGCGGACUUCGCCGCCGCCGCCGGAGGCGAAGACGAGGAGAGCGCGGAGGUGAGGGGGUCAGGGGAGCUGAGGGAGGCGGCAGAGAUGCUGGGCUCCGUUGUCGAUCAGGUGUUCGACGAAGUGAUCCGGGGCCGGAACGAGAUGCUGGGGAUCCUCAGAGACAAGGCUCUCGCAUAAUUCCUUUACCGGUUGAUUGAAUAAUUUUGGGGCUUCAUGGAGCCCAAGCUUAAAAAGAAAUUUCAGGUACCUUUUAUUCUUCUCUUGAAGCAACAUAGCCUCUUCAUUUGUCCAUUUGGCAUAGGGUGAUGUUCAUUCUGAGUGAAAUGAGUCCCAGAGAUCUGGACUUAUUCAAAGUGACUUUUAGAGACUGACUGUUUGAUGAUACUGAUAAAUAGAGCAAUUGUUUAAACAUCCA